AUGGUACUAUAUUCUUUCGAAAGUAUCUAAUGAUGGUUAGGAGAGCGAAUGCGAGACGUUUUUAUUAGAAAAUUUGAAGUAUUGUAUAUUUAUGGUGAAUUACGGAAAUAUUUAUGUGUUUGAAACAAGUAUGAUGGAUGAUAUUCACAUGAAUUCGACAAUUACAAUUGAAAAAUUCGAAGAAGAGGUAGUUAAAUUAGACUCGAGUUUCAACGCCAACGAGAUCAUUUGUCUUGAUAAUCAGAGUUAUAAAUCGAGAAAUGCCAAUAAAUGUUUCUCUUCUGAUUAUAUUAAUGCUGAUAGUGGAGUUGAUGAUAUGAUUAAGACCGAUGUUAACACCAAUGAAGAUCCAUCAUCGUUACAACUUAAUGAUAUCACUUUAAAACCUAUUUUUAAGGUUAUGUUCCGUGAUGAGAGUAUUUCACGGCUAUAUCGACAAAAAAUAAGAGAUUUCUUAUAUACUUUAGUGCAGUCAAAAUUGCCCUGUGAGGAAGAUGUGAAUACAUCCAAUUUGGUAUUAGAAAUCUGGGAUAAGAAAAUAUUUCAAGAUAAUUUGUCUAUUAAUAAAAAGAAUAAUAUUAUAUCAUUAUCCAAUAAUCAUAGUAUAGAAAGCAGCAAUGUUACAUGUGAUUUACUAUUUGAUACCCAACCAAAGUUAACAAAUGAUUUUGAUAUACCUACUUAUGGAAAGAAAUAUAAAAGUACAUUUGAGGAACCAGAUUCUGAAAUGUUGAAAGAUCCAGCACCGAAAAUGAGUUGUUUUAAUUGUGAAGGUAAUCACAAUCUGCGAGAUUGUCAGUUGCCUAGAAAUCAAGCGAGUAUUAAUAAAAAUCGUAAAGAUUUUGCUGUAAAACAUAUGAGAUCAGGAGUCCGUUACCAUUUAAAUGAAGAACAAAAAUUUAGUCAUAUAAUUCCUGGUCAAUUAAGUCAAAAGCUACGUGCAGCCCUAGGAUUAAAAGAUAAUGAAUUACCUAAGCAUAUAUACAGAAUGAGAUCACUUGGCUAUCCUCCUGGAUGGUUAGAAGAAGUGUGUUUACAACCUUCUGGAUUAUCAUUAUUUAAUUCUGAUGGGAUAGCAGAAAUUGAAACACAUGACGAAUCACGAGAAAUCACUAUGGAUACAAAUAGGGAUCAAUAUGAUAUAAAAAAAAUAUAUGAUUUUCCUGGCUUUAAUGUACCGCCUCCUCCUGGCACCAUUGAUGAAUGUUAUAAAUUUUAUGCACCACAAAUGCAUCCCAUGCAUAGUAAAGAAGCGAUGUUAUUAUGUCUGCAAGGUAAAGAAACAAAUGAUGGUUAUAAGCGUAAGAAAUUAAAACUAUCUACAUCAGCAAAUGUCUCGGAAAAAAUAAUAUCUUGUGAAAUGGACAUAGAAGAUGCUGAAGAAGCUUCUAUCGAAAAUGUGGUGUUAAUGGACAUUUCGUACCACCAUUACCAAACCAAUUUAACAUCAUUGUUGCCACCACCGCCGCCACCACCGUCACCACCGCCACCACCAUCACCAGGAAUAGAUGUAGUAAUGGAAGAUUUGGAUUCGCGAUCUCAAGAAUUACUUUCCCUAUACGGAUGA